AGGCAUACGGGCGUCUCGCCUUUCCCGUUUCAGUCCUAUUUGCCCUUUCGUGGCCUACUGCCAUACCAGCGCGGCUAUCCUCUCACAACCGCCAGACCAGACCCUGACGUGAUGAGACCUCAAGCUGCGCGUAUCAAGUCUUGCCAUGCGUGUAUGUGUAUAUAUAGGUAUACCAGAACCAGAAGACUGCGCGAGGCCACAGACUACAUACAGUGCGUCAUUUGUUGUUUCACAUUAUCCUUCAACUUUCAGAUCAUUCACGUCGAUCCCUAUGUCGCCGACUCCUUGCGUUUGAUUGGCAUCUUGGCUGGCACUUUAGCAUCACGAUUUCGAUGCGACGUGUGGUCGAUGCCCGGAUGCCUCACACGGCCUGCAUGUCCAAUACAGUUAUGCGCUCGUGAUCUCGCGUAGAGAUCUAUUCGUAUUGCGGCCACCCAGGCAAUCCCUUUAGCAUAGAUAGGUCAGCAAUGGGUUGGUAGUCGUUUAGGUUGCCUCGGCGGACUCAAAAACCCAUCUGAACACGUGCUCGCAAU